UAUGGCUGCUUAUUCCUUUGGAACAUCUCAUCAAAGACCACCUCCUAAAGUCGAAUAAGCUCCUGGAGUAGGGGUAUGAAUAGCAUAAUACAUUAGAACUACAACCCUGAUCGAUAUCCUCAUUAAAAACCUCCUGCUUGGAAGUAUACAUUAAUCAGUUAAACAUAGAAUUGGAACUGCCAGUAGAAUAGGAUAGCAAAUAGCUUUUCAACCUGGACCAGGUCAAUAUGAGCAACUCCAAAAAGCCAUCGUAAAAUUAUAUAUCUUAUUUUGAAGAAAAGGAAAAAGCCUGAAUUCUCAAUGGGAGCUAAAUUUUAAAAUCACACAGAAGUGGGCAAAGGAAUCACGCGUAAACAUCUUAUUCACUUUUAGCUGGACCUGGUGCAUACAAUCCAGAUUUUAAACCAUUACAAAAGUGUGCUUCCAGUUAUAGUAUGAGGAAUAAACCAUAAUUGGGAGGAAUUGAUGACAAUUUAAGGGAGCUAAAGAAUGGUCCUGGCCCUGCUGCUUAUGAGACUAAUUAUUCGACUAUUCUAAGCAGACCUGCAUCAAGAAUAGGGAAUCAAAAUAGAGGAGGUUUCUAUGAUACUAAGCCAUAUAUUCCAGGGGUUGGUAAGUAUAAUGUGCGUCCAGCAACAUCGGGACCAUAUCAUAGAUUUGGAAAUGCAUUAAGAGAUUCAACAUUUACAGAAAGAGUAUAGACUCCAGGACCUGGAUAAUAUUUACAUCAAUCACAUUUGAAUCUCAAAGCAACUACUAUAAGCUCUAAGCGUAUGCCUACAGCAACUGAUUCUGCUCCAGGUCCUGGUCAUUAUGAUCCUUCCACUGAUUUCACAAAGCGAUCUGUUCCUGGUGGAAGAGUUGGAACUGCAAAAUAAAGAUAAGUGUUUGAUGCACAUUAUACUCCUGGACCUGGACAUUAUCAAUCUUAGAGUGCUACUAAGAGAAGACCUCCCAGUUAUAAAAUAGGAUCAGAAUAAAGGAGACUUAUAAAUUAAUAGGAAGUGCCAGGUCCUGGAACAUAUGAUAUUAGUAGAGAUGGAGGAAGUAAAGGUUAUACACUGAGACCCAAAUAUACAGAUAGAUUACCAGAUGGAACACCAGGUCCUUUGGAUUAUCAUCCCAACGUCUCAUAAACAAAAUCUAGACCUUUAUCUUGUAGAGUUGGUACUGAAACUAGAGAGAAAAACAAAAUUAAUGAUAAUCCUGCUCCAAAUCAUUAUCAAUUCAAUUAAGGAAAUCCAGGACCCAAAUUUCCGUAUUUUAUAGAAAUUAUAAUUUUAUUUAGAUUUGGAUCCGAAUCAAGAGUAACAGAUAGAAAUGAUGUAGGACCAGGACCUGGAACAUAUAAUAUUCCACCUUAUUUUGCAAAUGUACCUAAUUACCUAAUUCCAAAUAAAAGUCAUAUAGAUUUGUGAU